AUGACAACCACGGCAUUCAAGAACGUAAGGUCCCUGAGCCAGCUUGUUUCCGUCCUAUUGAUUGUCAUCAACAUUCCCUUGCCGUUUUUCCUCAUCCCACAUCUGAUGUUUGUACGGAUGGAGGCUGAGCACCUUAGGAUGGGAAUCAGAGGUAUAACCACAAUAUUCAGAACUACAUCGAUGACAAACAUAACCCUGGGGUUAUUUGCAAGCUGCGGGAUCAACAGCAAAACCAGACUAUACAUGAGGCUGUACUUCAUAACCGGAAUGCUUCUGCUUCUCAUGCUGGUAACCAUGCUCCUCUAUAUAAGGAUAAGCUACCAGUCCGAUGUGUCCAGACAACUUGGAAGACUCUACAACAAUGCAUCUAUUAGAAACAUAAUUCUAUAUUUCAUGGAGUGUACCAACCAGAUGACAUGCACCAGAAUAAUUAUGAAGAACAUCUCGAUGAUAAAGUACUACUACGUAACCAUAGCCAUUCCAUCUCUGUGCUUGAACCUUCUCAACCUUAUACUUAUCAGAAUCGCUAUUUCAAUCAACAUCGAAGCACCGCCACAGAAGCUCCCCAACUUUGUUGAAAAGACAAGAGUGGGGAUGAACACAUCGUCCUUAAGAAACAAGCGUGUGAUAGUGAAUGGCCCUGGGCAGGAAAGCCGAGGAACUGUACCUUAA